AUGACGACAGUGACGGAGCGCCGCAUCGUGCGGGAGGCCACCGCCUCCGGCUCCGCCCCCGCCACCGCCGCCGACGCCGCCCCCGCACAACCUCCGGGCAUCCUGAAGGGCAGCAAGAUCAGGUGCGAGGGCUGCGAUGCGGCCAUGGCGGCGGGGGGCCAGGGUUCGAUGCUGGAAGGACCCGCAGGAGAAAAUGGCGACAGCAGGGCGUCUCGGAGAGGGGCUCGCCUGUCGGACGUGUUCGGUGCGUGGGUGAGGGAGCUGUGCGGCAGCCGGCUGCCCUCGGAGGGCGUGGCCCUGGUGCCCCGCCGCCUGAGGCCCUCCACCAGGCCCAGCGAGGUGCGGCGCACGGUGCGCUUCUCCGAGAGCACAGUGCUGCCCCCGGACUCGCCGCUGCUGCCUCCGCCCCCGGAGAUGAUCACGCCGCCCCCCAUCCCGACGCCGGACUCGGCCACCAGCGACGACGGCGGCGGCGCCGGGGGCGGCGUCACAAAGUUCUUCCCGUCGUCGCCGCCCCCAGUCCCAGCGACCAUCCCGCCGCCCCCAGACGAGGAGCUGGCGCUGGAGGCGGAGGCGGACGAGCACGCUUUCGCCGCCCCCGAUGCGGGCAGGCUGGGGGCGAAACCGUCUGCGGCCAGGCAGCUCUUCGGGGAUAACUACAGGAAUGGCGAACUGCCGGCAACGACGGUGCUGCGCCAGUUCGAGGAGGCGAAGCGCGCCAAGCUGUCGCAGUACUACAGCGAGCUGCAGCAACAACAGCAGCGCUUCCACAACCACAACCACAACCACAACCACCACAGCGCCGGCGACGGCAGGUACGAGCCCGGGUCGCGCGGCGUGCACCCCAGCCGGCGGGCGCACGGAUCCAGCCACGGCGCCUCCGAGGAGUCUCUGGUGGAGCGCAUUCGCCGCCUCACCUGCGACCUGGACGGCGAGGAGUCCGAGCCGCCUGCCAGCAAGGAUGCAGCGACGGACACGGCGGAGAUGGACGAACUGGACGAGCUGGAGGAGGUGUCUGCAGGGAGGGUGAUGCCACCAAGGGCGAGCCCCCCGGGGGCGGAGGCCCGCCACACGCCGCCCCCACCAGACGUCCCCGCAGUCCCCGCCGCCCCAGCCGCCCCCAGCACCAAAGCAGUACCACCUCACCCCAUCACCAAUGGUGAGUACUGCCCUUUAUACUGCCUGUCCAAGUUACCUUCACCACUGGCCCCCGUGGACUGGAAUCGGCACGAGUGCCAACCAAUGGCAUGGCCAGCAGUACCCGGACCUGGGCAAUGGGCGCGCUAUGGCGGCGGCGCCGGCCGGAGUGGCGGUGAGGGCGAGCGCGGCGUCGACAACCGCGUCGUCGUCGACCUCUGA